UCACAGUUGUAAGUCAGUGCCUCCCCGGCUCCUCUGACCGGCAUUUGGGAACAUUGCAGUCCCAGGGAGCUCUUCCACACAGCGGCUGCUGGCUUUUACCGACCCAGCGUUUGGUUUUGCUCUUAUUUUUUUUGCAGAAAGCUGCAUUGGACAGCUCCCUGGCAUCUCUCCCGUCGUUUCAGUGAAGGGGACAGUGUGUGUGUGUGUGUGAACUCCAUGUGACCAGGGUUUACUGUCAGCUCUUUCUCAGCAUCUUUCCAUCCGAGUAAGGCACAGAGAGAGAGAGAGCUGCAGGAAGUCUCCAGUGCAGGGGCCAGGACACUGAGAGUGGCUGGAACAGCAGGAGAGAGCUGCAGGAGGGGACAGAGAGGGAUGAGCAGUCGGUUUCUGCAAGGAAGGCAGCAAUGAUAAUCUGGAGGGAUGUGUGAUCUCCACUCCCGGUCCACUUGAAGAAAGAGCCGUGUCGACUGGUGAGAGAGGAAGAGGCAGCCUGUGGGGAGAUGAGCCUGCUGAAACCCAGCGGGUUAAAAGCCCCAGGCCGGGGCAACAAGCACGCUAGCCCAAUGGGCCGUGGCUCUGCAGCAGUCGCCGGGCCUAAAGAAGGUUCUCCAUUGCACAAGCAAGCUGCAAUCCCUGUACCUAGUGACAAAUUGCCCUCGAAGAGUGCUGAGGUGGGCGAUGACUGCAUCGGAGAUUUUGCCAUCGGGGAUCGUAUCUGGGUGAAUGGUGUGAAGCCUGGCGUCAUACAGUUUCUUGGGGAAACGCAAUUCGCUCCCGGAAAAUGGGCAGGAGUUGUCCUCGAUGAACCUGUGGGGAAAAAUGAUGGGUCUGUUGGGGGCGUGCGGUACUUUGAAUGUGGAGCUUUACAAGGCAUUUUCACGAGGCCCUCGAAGCUGGCACUCCGUCCCUCGAGUGAUGGCGCUGGGAGUGAUGCCCAUUCUGGGGACUCUGUUACAUUUCCAGCCCCAGCCUCACAUCAUGGUACUGCCACCCCGCCACCCUCAAGCCAACGCAUCAACUGCACAAUCCCACUGAGGGAAAGCAUCUUGAACAGUUCCAUGAAGACGGGGAACGAGUCUGGAUCAAACCUGUCUGACAGCGGAUCUGUAAAGAAAGGGGACAAGGAUUUGAGAUGUGGGGAUCGUGUUCUGGUGGGUGGCACUAAAACUGGAGUUGUAAAGUAUGUCGGAGAGACGGAUUUUGCAAAGGGCGAGUGGUGUGGAGUUGAACUCGAUGAACCACUGGGAAAAAAUGAUGGCGCUGUCGCUGGCACAAGAUACUUCCAGUGCCCACCCAAGUUUGGUCUCUUUGCUCCCAUUCACAAGGUGAUGAGGAUUGGCUUCCCGUCGACCACACCAGCCAAAACCAAGAAGAGUAAAAGGAUGGCCAUGGGGGUCUCUGCCUUGACUCAGAGUCCGAGCAGCUCCUCAAUAAGUUCGGUCAGCUCCGUGGCUUCAUCUGUCGGGGGGAGACCGAGCCGCACUGGACUGCUGACCGAGACAUCCUCUCGCUACGCCCGGAAGAUCUCAGGCACCACCGCCCUGCAGGAAGCCCUGAAGGAGAAGCAGCAGCACAUUGAACAGCUGCUGGCCGAGCGAGACCUGGAGCGAGCCGAGGUCGCCAAGGCAACUAGCCAUAUCUGUGAGGUGGAGAAAGAGCUGGCUCUUCUGAAGGCCACACAUGCACAGUAUGCGACAGAGGCUGAGAUGAACCUCCAGCUUGUACGAACCAGGCUGAACAAUGCUGAGAAACAAAAACUGGAACUGUUAAACACACUGGAAGAGGAGAAAAGGAAAAUCGAGGAUCUCCAGUUCCGAGUGGAAGAAGAAUCAAUUACCAAAGGAGAUUUAGAGACACAGACAAAGUUAGAGCAUGCCCGUAUUCGGGAGCUAGAGCACAGCCUGCUGUUUGAAAGGACUAAAGCUGGAAAACUCCAGAAGGAGUUUGAAGACACUCGGCUCACGACGGUAGCUGAAAAGUCCAGAAUUGUCCAGCUGGAGGAUGAACUGAAUUUGAAGAACAGCGAAAUUGAGGAACUGCAGCAGAGAUUGAGAAACUCGGACAAAUCAGACACACCCGAGCAGAGCCUCAGUCUGCAGUCAGAGGUCCUCAAGUUACGAGAACAGCUGUCAGCGGUCAACAAAGAGCAUCAAAGUGAGAAUGUCCUACUGAAGGAGAAAUAUGAGGCCAGGUUGCAGGAGUAUCAGGAGGAAAUGGAAAAGUUGAAGACCACCAAUGAGAAGUACUCGCAGGAUAUCAGUGACCUUCGACAGAAACUGCACCAAGCAACUAAGGAAAACAUGGAGAUGAUGGACAAUUGGAAGAACAAACUGGACACUUUAGUAUCUGACCAUCAGAAGUCUCUAGAGGAACUUAAAGUCUCAUUGAUUGCAGGUAGUGAUGUUCAGAACAGUGAGCUAGUGGAGCUAAGAGCCACCCUAGAAAGCCUGAAGAUGGAGCACCAACUCGAAUGGGAGAAUCUGAAAGCCAAGCACGAGAUUGAGAUGGCACUGCACAUCAAGGAGAAAGAGGACUUCAGAGUUAAGCUGCAGGAAGCCAAAUACGAACUGGAAGAGUGCAAUGCAAACUGGCGGAACAAGUUGGAGGUCACAACCUGUCAGCACAGGCAAGAGCUCCAGGUGACCAUCGAUCAGCUCCGAAACGCUGAGCUGAGACUCAGUGAGCAGGAGAAACUUCAUGCUGAUUACAAAGACCAAGCGCAGGCCAUCAGCUUCUUAAAGGAGCAGAUAGCUGCAGCUGAGAGAAAAAUGACAGACUACGAGGCGCUCCAGAAGUCUGAGAUCCAACACAAGCAGGAGUUCAGGAACCUACAGGAGAAACUUCAGGCACUGGAAGCUCGUCAUUCUUCUGAAGCCCAAUCCAGUGCAAGGGAAAAGCAUGCCAUUGACAGCAAUAACAUCCUGAAAGAGAAAAUGAAGAUGAAACAGUCAAUAGAAGACUUAUUAGACAAACUUGGUAAAAGGGAAAAGGAUGUUUCUACAAUGUCUUCACAGAUUGAGUUAUUAAAGACACAGAUUGUCGCUCUAGAACACAAAUCAAAAUCGUCCGAGAAAAAAGCCGAUGCAACAACAAAGGAGAAAGCCAAGCUGGAAAUGGAGCUGGAGGCCCUGACCCGUAAAUCCCAUGAUGCUUCAGGACAGCUGGUCAUCAUUAGUCAAGAGCUGCUGAAGAAGGAACGGAACCUCAAUGAACUGCGCUCUUUGCUGUUGGAGACCAAUCGUCACCCCUGCGGAGGGGAAAAGGACCUCAGCCGGGAAGUUCACAAAGCUGAGUGGAGAAUGAAGGAGCAGAAACUACAGGAAGACAUCAAAGUUCUCCGAGAGAAACUGUAUGGUCUGGGUACUGAAAAGUACAAACCCGAUCAAAAGCGGCGCCCGUCCUCUCUGCAGGACACAGAAACUGACACCGAGAUUUGCAAACUGCAGCAGAGACUGGUUAACACUGAGGAGGCCCUGCGGAGUGCACUGGAACAGAACCAACAAAUGGAGAGACUGAUGGAAGCCAUGCAGACACUCGAUAGCGCAGGCUCUGCCAAUGGCGUCCAUCAGCGAGGCCAGCACGAAGCAAUGACCGACGGCAGAUGCUUCAAGCAAGAGGAUUUCUCGCGGUCUCGUUCUCCGCAGCGCCAUUCUGACUCCAGUCGUGCGAAACAGUUAUUGGUCACAGAAAACAGAAGAAUCGAAAAGCUCUUCAAGGAAAUAGAAGAGAUGAGUGUUUGUGCUUCUCCAGAGUCACUCCAGCUAAAAGGUUCAGGAGAUGUGUCCAAUAGACAGUCCACGUCAACAGAUCGAGGCGAGUCGACAGAAAAGGCCCAGCACUGAUGCCAGAGGUGUUUGUGAAUAGGACAAGUCCAUCGUUUACUAGUUACCCUCUUGUGCACUUGAAAACGGCUGGCCCUGCUUGAAGACUUGUGUUGUUUUGACUGCAUUCUGUCAUUGAUGGAGCUUGGAGUCCUAAAACCCUGGUGUCAUCCCUGCACCCAUGUAAGGAGAACGAUGCAUCAGGACUCGGCCACUUUGGCCAAUUUAUCUACUUGACUGCAAGGCAGAUGCAUGAAAGAGUGAACAUCACCCAAAACGUGGGAUAAUAUUUUCCUGGUGACCGACCACUUGUUUUUCUUGCAACCAGAACAGGAGAUGUCACUGGGUUUUAAGAAGAACUGCUUUGAUUCAAUGGGUUUGCAAAAGUGGUAUUUAAUAUCCAGGAACAAAACUGCAUAAUAUCCGUAUUCAUUCAGGUUGGACGUCUGUUUUUGAUCACAACCCAUCAGUCUGUGUGCCCAAGUGUUGAAAUAUCAGAGGGACAAUCACAAAGUUGAGGUUGAGACACACUGUUCAGAACAGUGGGAGAGACAUAACCUUACUGAAACAUUGAUGAGAUCCAAAACUGGUCGAUAUUUUCCUGCCUCCUGUUUCAGAUUGCAAACAUUAAAGCUGUUUGGCUGUCUGCGUAAACUGCAAAUAAAAUCCCUUCUUAGUUUAGGAGCAUGGAUUUGCGACAUUUUGUUGGGUUACAGCAGCCCCUUAAGCCUACUCCUCCAUUCAGUAAGAGCACUGCUGAUCUAAUAACUCCACCUUCCCAUCCGACUGAUAACCUUUCACCCCUUUGCUGGUCAAGAGUAUUCCUGUGUCAACAUUAAAAGUAUUUGAGUACACUUUC